AUGGCGAACAGCACCAUGCUACCCCAGAUGCCCUCCCUCGACGCGGAGGAGCAGGCGUUCCAGCAGGAGGUCAGGGACAUCCAGCAAUGGUGGUCCGACUCGCGGUGGAGGUACACCAAGCGCCCCUUCACGGCCGACCAGAUUGCCACCAAGCGCGGCAACCUCAAGAUCCAGUACCCGGGCAACGCGCAGUCCAAGAAGCUGUGGAGGACGGUCGAGGGCAGGUUCAAGAACAAGGACGCUAGCUUCACCUAUGGCUGCUUGGACCCCGUCAUGGUCACGCAGAUGGCCAAGUACAUUGACACCGUCUACGUCUCCGGCUGGCAGUGCUCGUCGACGGCCUCGUCGUCGGACGAGCCCGGCCCCGAUCUUGCUGACUACCCCAUGACGACCGUCCCCAACAAGGUCCAGCACCUCUGGUUCGCACAGCUCUUCCAUGACCGGAAACAGCGCGAGGAGCGUCUCUCGGCGCCCAAGGAGAAGCGCAGCCAAUUGCCCAACAUCGACUACCUGCGCCCCAUCAUUGCCGAUGCGGAUACCGGCCAUGGUGGUCUGACGGCCAUCAUGAAGCUGACCAAGAUGUUCAUCGAGAAGGGCGCUGCCGGCAUCCACAUCGAGGACCAGGCUCCCGGCACGAAGAAGUGCGGCCACAUGGCUGGCAAGGUGCUGGUGCCCAUCAGCGAGCACAUCAACCGUCUGGUCGCUAUCCGCGCGCAGGCUGACAUCAUGGGCUCCGACCUUCUCGCCAUCGCGCGUACCGACUCGGAAGCGGCCACGCUCAUCACGUCGACCAUCGACCCGCGCGACCACGGCUUCAUCCUCGGCUGCACCAACCCGGCGCUGCAGCCGCUCGGCGACCUGAUGCGGGCGGCCGAGGAGGCGGGCAAGUCGGGCGACCAGCUGCAGGCCAUUGAGGACCAGUGGACUGCGCAGGCCGGACUCAAGCUCUUCCACCAGGCCGUGGCCGACACCAUCAACGCCGGCGUGCACGUCAACAAGAAGGAGCUGAUCUCCGAGUUCACGCGCCAGAGCAAGGGCAAGAGCCUCCUCGAGCAGCGCGCCAUCGCCAAGGGCAUCACCGGCGUCGACAUCUUCUUCGACUGGGACGCCGCCCGCACCCGCGAGGGCUACUACCGCUACCAGGGCGGCACCCAGUGCGCCGUCAACCGCGCCAUCGCCUACGCCCCGUACGCCGACCUCAUCUGGAUGGAGAGCAAGCUGCCUGAUUACAAGCAGGCCAAGGAGUUCGCCGACGGCGUGCACGCCGUGUGGCCGGAGCAGAAGCUCGCGUACAACCUGUCGCCCUCGUUCAACUGGAAGGCGGCCAUGCCGCGCGACGAGCAGGAGACGUACAUCAAGCGGCUGGCGGCCCUCGGCUACUGCUGGCAGUUCAUCACCCUGGCCGGUCUGCACCAGACGGCCCUCAUCGCCGACACCUUCAGCAAGGCCUACGCCAAGCGCGGCAUGGCCGCCUACGGCGAGCUGAUCCAGGAGCCCGAGAUGGACAACAAGGUCGACGUCGUCACCCACCAGAAGUGGAGCGGCGCCAACUACGUCGACAACAUGCUGAAGAUGGUGAGCGGCGGCGUGAGCUCGACCGCGGCGAUGGGCAAGGGUGUGACCGAGGACCAGUUCAAGCAUUGA